AUGAAUAACUCUUACAGUAUAUGGCCUAUGAUAGCAUUUCCGCUCAACUUGCCUCCAAACAUGUGCAUGAGGACGGAGUAUAAUUUUCUUACUAUGUUACUUCCGGGCAAGUAUUCUCCAGGAAAGUGCUUGGACGUGUACAUGAGGCCAUUAAUCGACGAGCUCCUACAGUUAUAUGAAAAUGGAAUCCAUACUUUUGACAGGUAUAGUAAGACUUACUUCUUCAUGAGAGUAGCGGUUCUUUUUACCGUCAAUGAUUUUCCUGCUUACGGGAUGAUGUCUGGUCAAACUACCCAUGGAUACAAGGCGUGCCCUGUAUGUAUAGACGAGGUCAAUUCCAGUCAUCAUGCCCACAAAAUUGUUUACUUAGGAUCCCGUAGAUGGCUUCCACCGGAUCACCCGUGGCGGUACGAUGCACAAGCAUUUGAUGAGAUUGUUGAGCAUGGCUCGAAACCCGAAGGGAGGUCUGGUCAAUGGAUUCUGGAUAUGCUGAACCAGCACUGGUUUGGAAUUUUGAGCAGCGCUAGGUAUGUAAACGACCAGAAUCCUCCCACCCCUGAAGAGUUUAAGUAUUGGACGCACAGGAGUUCAUUCUUUGAGUUGCCUUACUGGUCGACGUUGAAGAUCAGACACAACUUAGACGUCAUGCACAUAGAGAAGAAUGUUUGUGACAGCAUCCUUGGAACAAUUCUAGACAUCAAAGACAAGACCAAAGACACCGGCAAAGCUCGUGCUGACCUUCAAAAGAUGGGUAUACGUCGAAAGCUAUGGAUAAAGCUAAACAAAAAGACCGGCAAACAUGUAAUGCCUCAAGCAGGCUACACGGUUGUUCCUAAUAAGAGGUUGGAGAUAUUUAAGUGGCUUUGUGAGGUUAAGUAUCCUAGUGGGUAUGCCGGAAAUAUAGCUCGAUGUAUUAAGAUGGGGGAAAAUAAGAUUAUCGGGUUGAAGACCCAUGACUGUCAUGUUCUCUUGCAACGUCUUCUUCCUGUGGUCAUUCGCCCGUAUUUGCAGAGUGAUGUGGUUAACACGUUGGUGGCUUUGUCCAACUUCUUUCAGAGGUUAUGUGCUAAAGAGCUAAAAAAGUCAGAGGUCCGGUCAUUGCAAGACGAUAUUGCGCAACUUGGAGAUUACAAGAAGACGAACAGGAACAAACGUUUCCCUGAAGGUUCGAUCACGGCGGCUUACAUUUCUAGUGAGUGUGUAACCUUCUACAACACAUAUCUUAAUGAUGAACACACGGGAGGGGAAUCUUCAAGAGGGGGAAAUCAAUUCCAUUUAUCAGUUGUUUCCGACGAAGUACAACCGUAUGGCAGGCUAGGUAGGGAAUACAGAUUGAGUCGCGAAGAAUUGAAGGAGGCUCAUUG